GCUCAACAGAAGACAGAGAAAGGAAAGCAAAGAGCUCCAUAGACCUACGCAGUAAUGGGGAACAGACACCGUCACCUCCUCCUACUGGCAAAAAGAGGAAGUUCUGGAGUAGCUUUCGCAACAAGAAAAGACUUCUUGCAAAAUCUCGACAGAAGGAUGGUGAGGAGCCAGCAGGCCUCUCUGCCAGCCAGCCCAAUAUAUCAAAUGACAUAUCUCGCACCUCCAUGGGAGAGGACUUUGACCCACUCUUUGACUCGCCCAAAAAGUCCUCUGGACCUGCAGAUUCCAUGUCUAGUCCAGACCACAGCCUUAGUGACCCGAGUGUGACUCCUGGCCAUCAGUCGGAGGAUUCGCAUCAAAGCAUGCGGUCCCAGAGUGAAGAACACGACAGGGAGGAUGAGGGCGACAGUGGAAUAGCCGUCGUAGAAAACAGCAAUAGUUCAAUAACG